UCUAUUCUGUUUCGUCUGAUUUCAGCUUGCGGAAAUAGCUUCGUCAUAUUGCACACAAUCGUCUAAAAUUUUCAAUCACGACAAGUCAGUUUAAAGAGAAAAAUGACUGCUGAUAAAGAAAUAAAGAAAACUCCACCACAUCCCGAAGAAGAAAAAAGCAAAGAUGAAAAAGAAAAAAAAGGGAAAGCUAAAGAUUCGCCGAAAGAAGAAGAACUGUCUGAAGAAGAUAAGCAACUUCAAGAGGAGCUUAACAUGGUGAUUGAAAGAUUGAUGGAAAAUGAUGCUACCCUUUGGAUGCCCUCAUUAGAAAUUAUGCGUACACUGAUCUGUGCUGCUACCACUUCUAUGACAAGUGUACCAAAACCCCUGAAGUUCUUGCGUCCCCACUAUGCCAAUUUGAAAACCAUUGUGGAGAAAAUAACUGAUCCCAACACAAAAGCCUUGUGUGCUGACAUUAUAUCAGUUUUGGCCAUGACAAACACAGAAGGAACCGAAUGUCUUCAGUAUCGACUGAUGGGGUCCAAAGAUGGGCUAGUAGAAUGGGGCCACGAAUAUGUCAGGCAUCUGGCAGGAGAAAUUGCUCAGGAAUGGGAUGAAAUUCCCUUUGAAGGAGAUGAAGGCAAAGCAAAGAGAGCUCAGUUGUCUGCUCUUGUUGAACAAAUUAUACCUUUCCAAAUGACUCAUAAUGCUGAGGCAGAAGCAUGUGAUUUACUUAUGGAAAUUGAACAGUUGGACAUGUUGGAGCAACAUGUCGACGAAGCCGCCCAUAAUCGUGUUUGCCUUUAUCUUAGCAGCUGUGUUCCCUAUGUUCCUGACCCCGAAAACGUCAACCUCUUGAAAACGGCGCUCUCCAUUUUCCGAAAAUUCCAGCAGUGGCCACAGGCCCUUAGACUUGCUCUUCAAAUCAAUGACCAUUCGCUGAUUGAAGAAACCUUUUUAGCCUGCAAAGAUGGAACUAUGCGGAAGCAGUUGGCAUUUAUGUUGGGUCGGCAGCAAAUUUUUUUGGAACUGAAUGAAGAACUGGAGGAUUACGACGACUUGAUUGAAAUCAUGUCCAACACCCACCUGAAUAACCAUUUCUUAUCACUGGCGCGAGAGUUGGAUAUCAUGGAACCGAAAACACCCGAGGAUAUCUACAAAUCUCAUUUGGACAACAACUCCCGUUCUGCGUUUGGUGGUGGUCAAGUAGACUCUGCCCGCCAGAACUUGGCCUCUUCUUUCGUCAACGGACUGGUCAAUGCCGCGUUCGGUCAGGACAAACUUUUGAUGGAGGACGGCAAUAAGUGGCUCUAUAAAAACAAGGAACACGGAAUGUUGAGUGCGACAGCUUCACUUGGCCUGCUGCUGUUAUGGGAUGUCGAUGGCGGCUUAACGCAAAUUGACAAAUAUCUUUACUCGCCGGAAGAGUACAUCAAAGCAGGCGCGCUGUUAGCUUGCGGUAUCGUCAAUACUGGCGUUCGUAACGAGUGUGACCCCGCAUUAGCUCUUCUCUCCGACUAUGUUUUGCAUAGCAGCAACGUUAUGAGGAUUGGUGCUAUUCUAGGUUUGGGAUUGGCAUACGCCGGAUCCAACCGUGACGAUGUGCUUAGUUUGUUAUUACCUGUUCUGUCACAUCCAAAAUCGUCCAUGGAAGUUGUGGGUAUUGCUGCACUCGCGUGCGGCUUAGUAGCCGUAGCGUCGUGCAACGGAGACGUCACUUCAGCUUUACUUCAGACACUCAUGGAGAAGAGCGAGCAAGAAUUAAAAGACACAUUCUCCCGUUUUCUGCCUCUUGGAUUGGGCCUCACUUACUUGGGAAAACAAGAAGCCGUCGAGGCUGUUGUUCUCGCUCUAGAAGUGCUUGCCGAACCAUUCAAAUCGAUGGCCAGCACAAUGGUGGAAGUGUGUGCUUUUGCCGGCACUGGCAACGUUCUUCGCGUCCAGCGCUUGCUUCACAUUUGCAGUGAACACCACGAACCGCAAGAGAAGGAAGAUCGCAAAGAGAGCAAAGAAGCCUCCGCCGCCAAAAAAGAGGAGAAUGCUUCAGCCAACGGAGCAGCAGCUACCGGAACCGCUGCAUCGGGCACGGCCGCUGCGCCAGCCUCUGUGGGUGUCCAGGCGGAUUUGUCAUCUCAACAAGCCGUUGCCGUCAUUGGUCUUGCCCUUAUCGGUAUGGGAGAAGACAUAGGAGCCGAGAUGGCUUUCCGUACGCUUGGACAUUUGUUGCGCUAUGGCGAGCCGUGCAUCCGCCGGGCUGUGCCUUUGGCAUUGGGCUUGAUUUCCGUCUCGAAUCCGCGAUUGAACGUCCUCGAUACUCUAUCCAAAUUCUCGCACGACUCUGACUCUGAAGUGGCCCUCAACAGCAUUCUCGCCCUCGGCUUGGUCGGCGCUGGAACCAACAACGCCAGAUUGGCCGCCAUGCUACGCCAGCUGGCCCAGUACCACGCCAAGGAUUCCAACGCCCUGUUUAUGGUUCGACUGGCUCAAGGAUUGACCCAUUUGGGUAAAGGGACUCUGACCUUGCAGCCCUAUCAUAGCGAGAGACAACUCAUGAACCCGGUCGCCGUCGCUGGAUUACUUUCCACCAUAGUGGCCUGCUUGGAUGUCAAAAACAUUAUUUUAAGCAAGUCGCACUAUCUGUUAUACACGCUGGCCGCCUCACUGCAACCGCGUAUGUUGAUCACGUUCGACGAAGAAUUGCGACCAUUGCCCGUGUCUGUGCGCGUGGGUCAAGCGGUCGACGUCGUCGGACAAGCCGGCAAACCAAAAACCAUUACUGGAUUUCAAACGCACACCACCCCGGUCCUGUUGGCUCACGGAGAGCGUGCUGAACUUGCGACUGAAGAUUACGUUUCACUAACACCCAUUAUGGAGGGUUUUGUCAUCCUCAGAAAAAAGAAGGUCGAAUAAUUUCUAAUUUUGACCGAUUAAUGUAUCUCUUCGUUUGUUUACCUUGUUAAACCGUCGCUCGACAUCCAACACAACUCUUCCACACAUAUUUCUUUAUUUUGCCCAAUUUUUUUCCCUUUUGUUUGGGGAAAUUUAAAGCAAAAAACUUACGGAUACAAUUUUUUUUUUUCCUUAGUCUUUGUUUUUUUUUGUCUUUUUUUGUGUUUUUUUUCCCUCUUUCCCUGACUCCCUUUUGUCGUAUGAUUUGUACGUGUAUUCGCCAAUUGGUUAAAUCUUGAGUUGGAGUGUCGGUUGAAAAGCGACGAGUGGAAGAGAAGAUUGUAAGAGUUGAAUACAAACGUUCCCGCCUUUCA